AUGUCGUUUGGACGAGGAGCUCCGCGUGGCCGCGGCGGUGGUGGUUUUGGUGGCCGUGGAGGAGGCGGCCGAGGUGGAUUUGGACAAAGAGACAUGGGCCCGCCCGCGACGAUUCUUGAGAUGGGCAAGUUCAUGCACGCGUGUGAGGGCGAGAUGGUCUGCGAGAGCAUCAACCCCAAGGUUCCUCACUUCAACGCCCAGAUUUUCCUCGAGAACAAGACUGCUGUCGGCAAGGUGGACGAGGUUCUCGGUCCCAUCAACCAGGUCUACUUUACCAUCAAGCCCUCUGAGGGUAUCCAGGCUACCUCUUUCAAGGAGGGCGACAAGUUCUACAUCGGUUCCGAGAAGCUUCUUCCGUUGGACAAGUUCCUUCCUAAGCCGAAGCCCCCCCCUGGUGCUCCCAAGUUGAAGCGUGCAGGCCGUGGUGGUGCUGGCGGCAGGGGUGGUCGCGGCGGUCCUGGCUUCGGCGGGCGUGGCGGUGGCAGAGGACGUGGAGGUCCCGCAAGAGGUGGACGCGGCGGCAGCGGCUUCGGCGGACGCGGAGGCGGUGGUUUCGGCGGCCGGGGAGGCACACCGAGAGGCGGCGGUGGCUUCAGCGGUGGUCGUGGCCGCGGAGGCUUUAGCAGAGGACGGUAG